AUGUCAGCCCUACUUCAUACGUCUACCAUGGUCGAGAUCUUGCCGUUCAUCAGCAUCGCAGUCUUGUGUCUCUGCACCAUUGGCUUCAUUGGGAUCUGGAUCAUAAACGCUCGAGACAUCGCUCAGAGUGACGCUCCCGUUUACCAGGAUACUCGUCAACUCAUGAGCUACAGAUGGCCUGCCUUUGACAACCAUGUGCUUAUUCCCUGGGCUCCAUCAGCGUCUUUCUAUGACUUUCUUACCGGAAGGCUCGAUUCCCACAAUUUCAACAUUCCACUGGCCACACCUCUGAUGAUACACUCUCCAUCCUUGCCAAUGUAUCAUUUUUCACAGUCAGAUAUGUACGCUGCACAACGCACCGAGUCAUUGCGCCGGGCACACGGCCCUGCUCCGAACUACGUUCAAUCCUUUUCUCGCAACUUCCAGUCCGAGGAACGCCCCAUCACCACGCAGAUUGAAGAUAUCAGCAUGCCACUCUACCAUGUCAUUCCGGUUGACAUCAAUAUCCCGAUUGAAGACGGAACCAUCUCGGUUAAGGAAAUCAUCAUCCCGGUUGAGGACAGUAUCAUUCUGGUUGAGGAGAUCAUCGUCCCGGAUGAGAUUCAUCCAACGUGGAAUCCUGCCACUGGCAUUUUCCGCUGGCCAUAA